CCAUGAUAGUUGUGCUGUAGUGGCGGCGGCAGUGAGCCGUCAGUAGAGCUGUCGGUCGGACGGACCUCCCUCUUUGUGCUGCCGCCUCGGUAGGCUGUCCUGUCCGCCCGGAGAAACCCCAGCUUGGCUGCGAGGAGGGCGGAGCUGCCCUGGCUGUCACAAAGACAUGUUUCAUUAAAAAAACUAGCCACUACGCUACGUACUGUCUCUAUUUACACGGCUUUCUUUGGGCUUAACAUCGACGACAGAGCGCUCGUUCAGCCGACUCGAGCAGAAGCAGGAUGCCGGUGAAAGGCGGAGGAAGACUGGCCUCUUACCCGAGCAAGAGCGAAAAUGUCGGAAGCUCGGGGAUGGAGGAGAUGGUGUGGGAGCAGUACUCCGUCACUCUGCAGCGGGACACUAAGAUGGGUUUCGGCAUCGCGGUGUCAGGUGGGCGUGACAACCCCAACGUGGACAAUGGUGAGACGUCCAUCAUCGUGUCAGACGUGCUGCAGGGGGGCCCAGCAGACGGAUUACUCUUUGAGAAUGAUCGUGUCAUUCAGGUCAACUCCAUCCCCAUGGACAACGUGCCUCAUUCCUUCGCUGUGCAGUCCCUCCGUAAAUGUGGUAAAGUGGCUAAAAUAACAGUGAAGAGACCCCGUAAGUCGGCAGUGCACUCAAUGAAGCAGCCCUCCUCCCCAGGUGCAGACAGUCGGGCGUACACCCCCUCCAAUCACUACUACGACGCUGACAAUGACAACAGCUGGUACCGCGACCAGGACCGCGAACACAUCUCAGAGAGCAAAGCAUACCUGGACCCCGAGUACGGGGGGGGGCGGGACUCCAACCAGAGAGGGAGGAGCCGUGGGCGGAGCCAGGAGAGGAGCUCCCCCAGCCCCGACAGACCAAGGAGGGACGGCAGCCGGGGGCGGGCCCUGGACAGCAGCGCAGAUCGCCAGAGGUACCACAGCCGAGGACGCAGCCCCGGGGAGGGGUCCCGCACCGAGGACAAGUACGAGAGAGGAGAAGAAGAGGGAGGAAGAGGGGGGAGGUAUAAGAGCAGGGACCGGCUCAAUGACAACCCUCCAUCCCCAGAACCUUCCAGAGAGCUGGAGCCGCUGGACAAACCCGUCAACGUGCUUCUGGUGAAGAACAGAGCCAGCGAGGAGUACGGGCUGCGCCUUGGGAGUCAGAUCUUCAUCAAACAGAUGACCAGCACGGGCCUGGCUGCCAAAGACGGGAACCUGCAGGAGGGAGACAUCAUCCUGAAGAUUAACGGGACGGUGACGGAGAACCUCUCACUGCACGAUGCGGGGAAGCUGAUAGAGAAGUCGAGGGGGAAGCUGCAGCUGGUGGUACAGAGAGACAGCCGUCAGAUCCUCGUCCGCAUCCCCCCCCUUGCAGACUCUGACUCUGACAACGACGACAUAUCAGAGAUGGAGUCAUACCAUUCCUAUUCCCCUCCAGAGGAGAGGAGGUCCCGCCAGUCUGACCUGUCCUCCCACUCUUCUAAUGAAAGAGACAACCCCAGGGAAGAACCCAUGAAGACAGCCAAGAUGUCCGCCAUGGCCUCCCCCUUCAGAGUCCCUGAAGACCCCCAUGCCUCCGCAGAGCUGAACAGAGAGUCAGGGCACCAAGAGCAGCCUCCAGUUGCCAUAACAACCACACCAAAGAUUCUCCUCCGACCAAGUCCAGAAGAUGAAAAGAUAUAUGGGCCCAACACGGUGAUGGUGAAUUUCCAGAAGGGGGACAGUGUGGGGCUGAGGCUGGCAGGAGGAAAUGAUGUGGGUAUCUUCAUCGCCAGUGUUCAAGAGGGCAGUCCUGCCGAGAAGGAGGGUCUGCACAUAGGGGACCAAAUCCUAAAGGUGAACAAUGUUGAUUUUCAAGGAGUGGUGAGAGAGGAAGCCGUGCUCUUCCUGUUGGAGAUUCCUAAAGGGGAAAUGGUCACCAUCCUGGCUCAGAGCAAACCUGACGUCUAUAAUGAUAUCUUGGUGUCGGGGCGUGGAGACUCCUUCUUCAUCCGGACGCACUUUGAGUAUGAGAAGGAGACCCCUCAGAGCCUGGCCUUCAGCCGGGGGGACGUCUUCAAGGUGGUGGACACGCUGUACGACGGGAAGCUGGGCAACUGGCUGGCUGUCCGUGUGGGCAAGGACAAGCAGCUGCUGGAGAAGGGCCUCAUCCCCAACAAGAGCAGAGCGGAGCAGAUGGCCAGUGUGCAGAGUGCUCAUAAAGCAGUGGCGGUCGAUCGAGCGGACUUCUGGAGGUUGCGAGCUCAGCGCUCUGUGAAGAGGAAGGACCUGAGGAAGAGCAGGGAGAACCUGAGCACUCCGACCCUGGCCACCCGCUUCCCAGCAUACGAGCGGGUGGUGCUGCGAGAAGCUGGUUUCCGCCGCCCCGUGGUUCUGUUCGGGCCCAUAGCUGACGCUGCCAAUGAGAAGCUGGCCUCCGAGAUGCCCGACCUGUUUGUGGUUGCCAAAACCGAGCCGAAAGACGCCGGAUCAGAGAAGUCCUCCGGAGUGGUUCGCCUCAACACCAUCCGACAAAUCAUCGAGCAGGACAAGCACGCCCUGCUGGAUGUGACCCCUAAGGCAGUGGACACCCUGAACUACACCCAGUGGUACCCCAUUGUCAUCUUCUUCAACCCAGACAGCAAGCAUGGCAUUAAGACCAUGAGACAGAGGAUCGCCCCUAACUCCAAUCGCAGCGCCCGCAAACUCUACGAACAGGCCGUCAAACUGAGGAAGACCUGCGCUCACUUGUUCACUGCCACCGUUGAUCUGAACUCAGCCAACGACGCCUGGUACGGCAGCGUCAAAGACUCCAUCAGAGGGCAGCAGAUGCAGGCGGUGUGGGUUUCUGACGGCAAGCUGGAGGUAGUAGAGAGUGAUCUGGACUGCCAGGACGUGGAGCGUCUGUCCUUCCUGUCCGCCAUGUCCGCUGACUACCUCAGCAUGGACAGCCGGCUGACUUCUGACCUCGAAGACACCGCCGACGAGGGCGGGACCUACACCGACAACGAGCCGGAUGUGGAGAUGAUGCACAUCUCAGCCAUCAGCCGCUCGUCUGAACCCGUCACAGCUGAGGAGAUCUUGCGCAGGUACAGUCCAGACAUCCGGAGUCGCUUAAGGAAACUGAGCAGCCGUGAAGUCCUCAGCAGGUCCAGUCCUCCACCUGUCUUCUCACCAGACGGCAAGGUGAAACUGUCUCUGAGGGACGAUCCGGCCACUUUAUCAGGAUCAACUAACCCACACCAUCACCACCGUCAGCACCACCCUCCACCCCCCAGCUCCAGCCGAAGUUACGAUUCUCCCUCCAGCAGCAGCCCGGCCAGCAGCAACAAUGACCCACCCCCACUCAUCCCCCGUUCAGCAGCUUCCUCCGGCCCGCUGCCCCUGCCUCCGGCUCACCACUUUAACUCCUGCAGCAAAAUGUGGCCUGUGGGAGCGCCUCAACCCCCCCCAAUUCUUAGGUCCAGCAGUUGUGGGGGCACUGCAGAGGCUACAGUGCACCCCCCCGGGGCUCUUUCCGGUGCCCUGGCAGCCUGCAGGCAGCAGGAGGAGGCGGCGCAAGACAGCCCUGGGGAGGACCCCUCCCUCAGGUCCUUCUAUGGGAAGAUCAAGGCCUUCGAAAAGAUGGAUCACUUCGCCCGGGCCCAGAGGAUCCUGGAGCUGCAGGAGGCGCAGAGUGCCAGGAUGGAAAUGGCUCAGAAGCACCCCGACAUCUACGCCGUUCCUCUGAAGGCGGCCAAGCUGGAGCACAGCCGCCCUCAGCCUAUCGGGUCCAGCUCCCGUCCUGGACCCCAGACUCCUCCGUCCUCCAGGGAGGGGCGUCCCUUCUGCCCCAGCGAGGAGGAUGUGGAGGAGGCGACAGCGCCUGAAUACUACACCGCCAACUCCUUCCAGUACCAGGACACCCAGCUGUAGCUGUCCUGGACACAUGUUCAUGCACUGCAGCUGCAGUCUAUAACACAUCCAUGCCAUCAUGCCCUGCACAAUAAGCUGCUGACUCUGAACUGACUCUUGCUUCUUUGAUAUUAAAGGACAAAAACUUUUAUUUUUGAUUCACAGAAGUUUAAGCAAUCUCACUAUCCAUUUGGAUAGGAACACUGUCCUCACUUAACUUUUUACGUUUAUCUAAUGGUUUCUUUAUUCUUUACCACUUUUAAAGGGUAAACUGAGUAAUCAAUAACCACUUGUUUUCUUGCCUAUGCAACUCUUCAGUUCGUGCACAGCAACUGAAACGUAUUGCCACAAGUUUUGCCCUCACGAAAACCUCAACAAACCUAAAAACCACAAUGCGCUUUAUCACAUCUCUCCCCAUCUUUUUCAAGCUACUAUUAUUGCCAGCUACGAUCAAUAAAUGUUACCUAUAUAUUAUGAUAUUCAACGUAUAUAUGUAUAUAUAUAUGCACAGUAUAUAUAUGUAUUUAAAGUCAAGUGUUUAUACUCUGUCUUUGCAUUCCUUCGUAUAUGACAAUGCCUGUGUAUACAUACAGUAUAUAUCUAUAUAUAGUCUAUCUAGUUACACUGGAAUUUGUGAUAAUUUUUUGAAGUGCCUUUUACUUUCUCAGUCCCAUGAGGUUCGGGUUGUGUUUCCUCUGCCCCUCAGCCGCCCAGCCGUAUUAAAACCUCUGCUGCUGUCAAGCUUAAAGGGAAACCAGGGAACCAGUGACACCAAAAUCUCAAUGCUGAGCCUAUACACCAUACACUGUACUGUCAGGAUUUAGAAAGAGCUAACACUGUCUGAACGCUAGAAUCCAUCCACAGCCAUAUCAGUUUGAGACUUUACGUUUAGAUCAUGAGAGUAGUUCAAAAGUGUUAUCUGUAAAGGCCCGGUCACUCCGGGAUUAAGGUGGCAAAUCAACAGAUUUCAAUAGAAGCUGCAACAUUUCCGGAAUAGCUCGCAGGGUUAGGAGUUCAACUUUAGUGAAAUCAAGCAUUAACAAAUAGUGAAUUGUGUUGACACGCUGAUCUUUGAAGGAAAUUAAGUUCAGAUUGUCAAAAGAAAAAAGAGGCUAUCAUAGCUUGUUAGCUCUGUUACACUUUUAUAUACUUGCAACAACACACAUUAUUUUUGUUGCAGCCCUACUGUUUCCACCUUGGCAUAUUGGUAACAGCUAUAGGAGCUUGGUAAAUCCUCCUGUAGACAGUUACUGCAUCACCAAGCUGCAAGAUAAACUCAUUUAAAUGCGGCUUGCAAUACAUUUAGCUGAGCCCUUUCUGGUGUGACCGGGCCUAAUAAUUGCUUUUCGUCAUUGUUUCCUUCUUUGGUGCUCAGCAGUCAUUGCUGUUCUGCUUUAGUACCGCCCAGCCAGAAAGGGUUUGCCAGUUUGAACUGAGCAGCCAGUAGCGAGAUGUCUUGAGCCUGGGAUUGUUUUGUUGGUUGACUUUCUGCAGGUGAUGCCCUUUUCUGUCUGUUCAGCCAUGGAGGCUAUCACUGCCUAUGCUAACAACCCUGUUAAAUGAUACGGUUGGUGACAUUCUACAUUUUUCUUAUUGUCAACAAAUCCCAUGUGCAGACCCAAACCAACAAUGAAUGUAUCCACUAACAAGUAUUGUGUGUGUAUCCAACACCUGAUACUGAAUAUCUUAUUUCUCUGUGCCAUAGAGCUCUAAUGUUGGUCACAAAACUGUAAGAGGCUCGACCAGAGCAGCAAGAGUGGAUUAAUCCGCUGCUGAAAAUACUGCAGUCCCCAACAAAUGCACUAUUUCCUCCUGUUUGAAAAAUAACUAAUGUGUUCAGUUCUUUGAAAAUAAUAAACUAUAUAUUUGUGAGCUUUUGUAA